AUGAUUGCUUCCGUACUCCCACCACAGCCCGCCCUCAAUGACGUGUCCACUACCAGAGAGGACUUGGAAGCCGCAACGGCGUUAGCCAAGGUUACUUCACCACCAGAGACCCCACUUUUUAUUUGUGCAUAUCAAGGCUGUUUUCGACUCUUCCCCACCCGUGAUCGCGUCACUACUCAUCGCAAACGAGAACACCCUGACCUUCCUGACGAUGAUUCCAGUGUUAUUACGUGGAACGAGUGA